CUUUCUUCGUCAGUCAUUUCAUUUCCGCAUUAACUUCCCUCAUCCUAGUCUCCUAUAUAUAUUCUCUCAAGCAUUUCAAUAACUCAAAACAUCCAAAGUUACAGAGUUCAUAUUUCUUAACACUUUCUCUCGUUGAUCAUCUAGCCUUCUAAUUAAGAAGCCUUGUUCUUAGUUGUCUUGCUCCUAAUAUAUAUUCUCAAGAUGGGAUUCAGUUUAGCUGCAAAGAUUCUCCGACGUUCAUCUUCAAAAGGAAGAAAUGAUGACAUGACCGUCAUUCCCAAAGGACAUUUAGCAGUUUAUGCCGGUGAGACUCAAUCCAAAAAGAGAUUCGUAGUUCCGAUAUCUUACUUGAAUAAUACUUCAUUCCAACAACUUCUAAGCAGAGCAGAGGAAGAGUAUGGGUUUGACCAUCCAAUGGGCGGUCUUACAAUUCCUUGCGAUGAAGACACAUUCAUUGAUCUCACUUCUGGAUUAAAUUGAGAUGUAAAAGUUUAAUAUUUCUCCAAAUUUGCAACUUUAGGGUAGUCAUUAAUUAGAUCUUGUGUAAAUAUUUACUUCAAUUACUUGAUGUAGGACAUCUCUGCCUUAGCCUACAAGUUAUAUUAUUUCCUUUUUAGUAUUUCUCUU